GGGACUCACUUGGAGCCGGUGUACUUGGUGACAGCUUUGGUGCCCUCGGACAAGGCGUGCUUGCGCCAGCUCGCCGGGCAGCAGCAGGCGCAGGGCCGUCUGGCUCUCGGGGGACGUGAUGGUGGAGCGCUUGUUGUAGUGCGCCAGGCGGGACGCCUCUCCCGCGAUGCGCUCGAAGAUGUCGUUGGCGAAGGAGUUCAUGAUGCCCACGGCCUUGGACGAGAUGCCGGUGUCGGGGUGGACCUGCUUCAGCACCUUGUACAUGUAGAUGGAGCAGCUCUCCUUGCGGCCGCGCUUGCGCUUCUUGCCGUCUUCCUUCUGGGCUUUGGUGACGGCUUUCUUGGAGCCCUUCUUGGGAGCCGGCGCGGACUUUGCAGGUUCAGGUAUGGCCAGACCCAAGACCGACUCUGACCCCCGAGAACGCAGGCAGAACCGUAGUCUCGGGGUCUACCGGAAACGACUGUGCCCUUACAGAGGCCGUGCGCAUGACGCUGCGUGGUGGUUCGCGAGUUUUUCGCGGCGCCCAAUGCGAGAGAGACGAGAUUAUGUAAAUGAGUGGAUUCUGGCUGAGCUAUCCUAUUGGCUAUCGGGACAAGAUAUGCUUGAGCCAAUCAAAGUGCUCCGUGGACAAUCGGCGUUCUGUCUAUAAAAGGGUGAGACGGCGGCGUCUUGGGUGACUUUUCCGUUCGCCAGGCAAGAGUUUCACUCGGUGACUACUAUCGCUGUCAUGUCUGGUCGUGGCAAGCAAGGAGGCAAGGCCCGCGCCAAGGCCAAGUCGCGCUCCUCCCGCGCCGGCCUCCAGUUCCCGGUAGGGCGAGUGCACCGCUUGCUACGCAAAGGCAACUACGCGGAGCGGGUGGGGGCCGGCGCGCCAGUCUACAUGGCGGCGGUCCUCGAGUACCUGACCGCCGAGAUCCUGGAGCUGGCGGGCAACGCGGCUCGGGACAACAAGAAGACGCGCAUCAUCCCUCGUCACCUCCAGCUGGCCAUCCGCAACGACGAGGAACUGAACAAGCUGCUGGGCAAAGUCACCAUCGCCCAGGGCGGCGUCUUGCCUAACAUUCAGGCUGUGCUGCUCCCUAAGAAGACGGAGAGUCACCACAAGGCAAAGGGCAAGUGAGGCUGACGUCCGGCCCAAGUGGGCCCAGCCCGGCCCACGUCUCGAAGGGGCACCUGUGAACUCAAAAGGCUCUUUUCAGAGCCACCCACGUUUUCAAAUAAAAGAGUUGCUAAUGCCGGCUCCGAGAGUCCAGCGUUUCUCA